AUGGGUUUAUCAGUUACCUAUGCAAAGAAAGUAGGAUUUACAACUAAGAUACGGACGACAACAUAUGACAAGAUCACAAAGGCUCCGCUUAACCAAGCUAUACAUUGUAAUCACGACAAGUACCGCGAGUCUCGUGUCAAAGCACCAACGCAGAAGAAUACGAUUUCGGUUGCUGGGUGCAAGGCAAGGAUAUAUCUCAAGUUUGAUAAAGACAUGCAAGACUGGGUUUUGUUCAAGGUUGACUUGACGCACUCACACCCCUGUUCAGCGAGAAAGGCAAUGCACCAUGAGUAUAGGCAGCUGACCAUGCAUGCGAAGUGCGUGAUCGAGGAUAACGAUGAGGCUGGGAUUCGACCAAAUAAGACAUCCCUUGCUUUGGCAAAUGAGGGUGGAGGCCCCUCUAACUUAGGAUACUCAAAGAAGGAUUUAAAAAACUAUAUAACAGCAAGGCUUCGAACCAGCAACGUGAAUGUGGAUGUCAGGGAGAUGAUGAACUACUUCAUGAGAAUGAAGGACACAAAUCCGAACUUCUUUUACGCGGUGAAGUUGGACGAGGAGAGUAAACUUAAGAGUGUAUUAUGGGUGGAUGCAAGAUGCAGGGCGUCGUAUGAAUACUACGGAGACGUCAUGUCAGUUGUUAGCACGCAUGGAUUACUGUUUGUGUCGUUCGUUGGGGUCAACCACCAUGGCAAGUCAAUCCUUCUCAGUUGUGCUUUGCUUGGGAAUGAGGAAAUCCCAAGUUAUGAGUGGGUCUUUAGCCAAUGGGUGAAGUGCAUGGGAACUACUCCACAGCAUCUGUAUGAUGACCGACGCAUGUGGGUCCCGAUAUACUUCAAGGGUGAAUUUUUGGCUGCCAUUAGUAGUACACAAAGAAGUGAGAGCAUGCACAUAUUCUAUGGUGGAUAUUUACACAAUAAGACUAGCUUGGUUCAAUUUGUUCACGAAUAUGACAAUGUUCUCGGGUUUCAGCAAGAGUACACCACGAGCAUAUUAUGGGAUGUUCAAACUGAGUUUGUGAAGAAGGCUAAUUGCAAAGUUUCUGUAGUUGAUGAACAUGGUCCAUUGGUCUGCGUGAAGGUAGAAGAGGAGAUACUAGUCAAUGAUACUAUUCUAUGUGUUCUGUAUGACGUUCAGUAUGACCCUUCCAUACAGCAAGUUUGUUGUGAGUGCAAUCUUUUCGAGAGUUUAGGUGUGUUGUGUUGUCACUGUCUUGAAGUUUUUUAUUCGUAUAAAGUGUAUAAAGUUCCAACCUGUUAUGUUCUCCCUCGAUGGAGCAAGAUGAUAAAGCACAAUCAUACGUAUGUCAAAAGUAGCCGUGAUGUCAGUCGGUCGGAUGAGAGUCAUGUUGCAUUCAAGGGACUAUGUGCACACUUCUAUAAUGUUGCUCAAGAGUUCGUCGGUGACGAUGACGAAACAGCAUUGCUGCAUGCUACUUUAGAAGAAACAAGGGCCAAGUUAAAUGCGCACCGUGCCAAGAAGAGGUCUGAGAGCGUGUUUCAACCCGACACCAGCAAUGGCUCACAGAGUUUGAACGUUGUCGGUGUUGAUGACAUCCAUGCCCCAUCGAAGGUCACCACAAAAGGCAGGCCAAAGGGUAAGAGGCUCAGCGCUGCCCUUGAGAAGUCCUUUAAGAAUUCAAUUCGGAGGAAACACAAGAAUUCAUCCCCGGUGGUUCAUCUGCACGCUUCGCAAGAUGUAAACCAUGGUUCUGUUGUUGGCCGGAAUGUUCCCGAACAAGGCGGUGGUUUUAUGUCUUUGUUAAGCUCCUUCAACAAAAAGUAG